CACCCUGUAUUUAUAACGGGAUUCUCCGAGUGAUUGUGUCGACACAAUAGACACUUUCUUUCCUGAGGACAUAACCUCUCUUUUUUUAACCUAGCUAAACGUUUCUGUUUUAGAAUAAAAAUUGCUUCCCAUUCUGCAAUGCCUAUCGCCCAGCUAGCGGGAAACGACCCCUCCGAGGAGAAAUCCAAAACUUUUGUGUUCCACGAUGAAGGCCAUACACUAGGAAACGUUCUGCGUUGCGUAAUUUCGAACUACAACGACGUCGAGUUUUGCGGCUACACGGUUCCUCACCCCGCCGAGUCGAAGAUGCAUUUCCGGAUACAAAUGCGCAAAGGUCGCGCGAUAGACGCGCUGCGACGUGGGCUUACAGAUUUAGUUAAAAUGUGUGAUUAUACCAUAGAAAAGUUUAAUGAUGAAUUGAUAUCUUUUAAAGCAAAACAAUUAAACACUGACAAUUGACGACUCAGUCUCAUUUAUGGGAGUAGUAUAAAUAUAUAACAACGUCAUUUCGAAAUAACAAGUUAAACUAGU